AUGUUUUUCUUGUUAUGUGCCCGUCUUGUUGGAGCUACAUUUGAAGAACAAUCUUGCAGUGUAUGCAAGAUGCUAACAUGGCGAGUUCCACAAUUGCUUGCACAAGGUAAAAGCGACGAAAAAAUUUCAAGGGAGUUCAACUGUUUUUGCCCCGCAGUAGAGUCAAGCUCCGCGUAUGCAUGCCGAGAGUAUUGUUCUGCCAUGAGGGCUCACAAGCGCGAAAUAAUCAGAUACAUUAAGGCAGGCGAGAAACCAUCAGAAAUAUGUUUUUCACAUAAGUUUUGCCCACAAAGCACCAAUGGACAUGCUCAUCAAAGAGUAUUUAAGAGAAGAGUUCCAAGAAGAGAAUUAAAACCAUAA